AUGUAUACUUUUAUCGCACGAUCUUUGUCAUUCCAGCCGGGCACGUUUCGAUUUUUGUUCCUAUUCUGUUUGGCUCAUUUCUUGCAUGGCAUCGGUGCUACACCUUUGUUCACCAUUGGAGUCUCGUAUAUAGAUGAGAAUGUUGGCAAGGCGCUUUCGUCUUUGUUUGUGGGCAUUUAUUACUCUUUCGCCGUAUUCGGUCCAGCUGCGGGAUUUCUGACUGCGGGUACAUUUCUAACAUACCAUACGGAUUUCUGGCAUCUUCCUGCUGAGCAAAUUUCGCGAGUAAGUGGAGAUGAGACUGACCCAUCGUGGGUGGGAGCGUGGUGGAUUGGAUUCGUUCUAGCUUCUCUCAUUGCUAUGCUUGCUGUGGUUCCAAUAAUUUGUCUUCCAAAAGUCUUACCUGAAUCCCUGAAGUGGCAUAGGUUGGUCGCAAUAAGACCUCUUCCAAAAACGCCGCUAUCAUAUUACCUUCAGAAAUCGUUUGGUAGAAACUCACAAGCAGGACGACGGCGUACACCUGAGUGUUGUGGGCUGGCUGGCACGAACAAAACUGCAGCGCUCUAUCGUGAUGCUCCUUUACCAGAGGAGUCUUCAUUGUUGUAUACUUCGAUUACGACUCGUGGUAGAGGACCGUUAUGGUACAAAUUGUGGUUGGAUGUGAGGCAUAUUCCCAUAGCAAUUUACCGGAUUCUCACCAAUGCUCCAUUUAUGCUGAUUACGCUCGCAAUGGCAAUAGACAGUCUUGUUGUCACUGGUGCAUCGUCGUUUAUGUCAAAGUACUUAGAGAGACAGUUCAAUGUACCGCCAAGCAGGUCGAGUCUGUUAAUAGGAUGUGUUAUGGUGCCUAUGGCUGGAAUUGGUUGCAUGAUUUCCGGCUUCAUAGUUCAGUACUUCCGGUUGAAUUGUGUGACAACAUUGAAGCUCGCUGUUGGACUGUUGUUUGUUUCGUUGGUACUCACUCCAAUGUAUCUCAUAUAUUGCCCACAUGAUCCUCUUGUCGGUGUCGAAACUACAUACCCAGAUCGGUCAGUGUGGGCUUUCGAUGGUCAAAUUUCUGUUGGAAAUUACUCGGAUGUUGAACCAACGUUACGCAGCCCAUGUAAUUCGCACUGCAUGUGUAGUGAAGCCGAAUUUCGCCCGGUUUGUGCUGAAUUUGUUGAUGGACGGCAACUUUCGUACUACUCACCGUGCUUUGCUGGAUGUUCCGAGCCCUACACACCUUUACAGAAGGUUUACUCAAAUUGUUCCUGUGUGGUGGAGACUGCACGUCUUCGAGUCAAACACGUAAAGAAAGGACUGUGUGAAUCGAAAUGUAAAGGACUAUUAGGAUUUCUUAUUAUGUUCGCCCCGUUGUCUCUUUGUACGUUCGCUGUCGCCGUUCCGAUUAUAUCGGUGAUCCUAAGAACCGUGGACUACAACGAACGUUCGUUUGCGUUGGGUAUCCAAGGGAUUCUCGUGCGUGUCGUCGGAACCAUCCCAGCACCUGUUCUCUUCGGUUGGAUGUUUGAUGUGAGCUGUAUUCGCUAUCAGUCGGAACCCUGCGGUGAUUCAGAGAGUGGUAGUUGCUUGCUUUAUUCCAACAAAUUGCUCGCCGAUCUCUUCCUGACAUUCUCAAUUAUUGGACAGGUGAGUGUGCUUUCUAUUAUAACGUGCUCACAGCCAAAGCCCUCAUCGUCGCUUCACGCGACAUAUUAUGUUCGUUUUUAUAAAUUUGAGACCGUCCCUUGA